UUCAAGAGGCGCGAGUUUUCAAAUUGGAAUCUUUUGUUUUCUUUCUUCAUCCAAACUUUUUACUCAAUUUUCAUCCCUAAAUAGCGAAAUUCAAGAGCCAGGAAGCUAUAAAUAUAUGCUUUAGUUCUUAAUAUGGCCUGCAGAGAGGCUAUUGGUUUCCACGAUGGCAAGAAUUGAACAAAACAAGUCGUUCAACUGCUUCAUCGAAAGAUAACAAUGGCUGGAAAAUCUGAAAACAAAGAUAAUUUGGCGACUAAACUUUGGGAAGUUGGUUCCACUUUAGGCUGGUUCGAGAGAUCAGUGGAUGAUUUAAUUGCAAAGAUAAGUAAAGAGAUAAAUGACCUCAAAUUAGACGAUUCAAAUAAGGGAUUGAAGAAAGAAUGUAAAGUUUCUCCUAAACAAAUCAUCAUCAUUGAUGAUAAUGAUGAUGGUGAUGACAGUAAAGUUUCCAAAUCCUUUGGUAAACAAUUUAACAACAACAAGACAGUAGAGACAGUAGUAGAGGGUAUCAGAUUACCCAAGACAAAACCUGAUGAUGACAGCCCUUUCCUUCUUCCACAUAAGAGUCUUAGAGAAAGAGUCCUCAAGAGAUACAAUCCAGAACACAGCACAGGAAGUGAUUCAGAUGAUCUGGAUUCUUUUUUAGUCAAAGUGAGGACACCUAAACCUCCACGAUGGAGUGACUCUCCACAGGACAGUAUUCAAUCARGGGACGGCCCAAGAAAACCAGAUGAUCUUGAUGAUUUUAUCGUCCAAGACGACUUUGUCCUGGAAGAAGAGGAAAAUGAAUAUGAUGAAGUAUUUCAAGUGGAAGAUGACAGUGACGAAGAAAAAGAAAACCUAGAAGAGAAUUUUGUUACUCCAUUGCAUCCACCAUCAAGGAUCUCUGGAAAAACAUUUGGUCAUUCAUGGAAAACACCCGUUAGUGCCAGGAAAACCCAGCCACGCCCUGCCACAGACAACACAAAGAGACCUAACAGUGCUCUAGAAUCAAUCAUCACACCUUACUCUACACACAAAGAAUUUAAGAAGAAUAAAGACUCUCUUGUCAAGGAACUUUUUCAGCUGUACAAUGCUACAGUCUUUGAAAAUAAGCUGCCUUCUGAUUUUGGCAUCACAUGGAACAACAAGAUGAGAAGCACUGCAGGGUUUUGUUAUUAUGGAAGGAAAAAUGGUGUCUCAACUGCCAGGAUAGAACUGGCUGACAAAGUCAUUGAUUCUGCAGAUCGAUUGCGUGACACUUUGAUCCAUGAGAUGUGUCACGCUGCUACCUGGUUGAUCAAUGGAGUUCGAGCCGGUCACGGUCCCAUGUGGAAAAACUGGGCAAGAAGAGCAAACUUCAUCCAUAAGGAUCUGCCUCCAAUCAGCCGUUGCCAUAGCUACAAGAUCAAUGCCAAGUAUACCUACCAUUGUACCAAUGAAUUCUGCUCCAACUCAAUUGGUCGACAUUCCAAGUCACUUGAUCUCGAGAAGUACAGAUGUGCAUACUGUCACAGUCGCUUCGAGCUCCAGCCCCAGCUAAAGAAAGAUGGCACUCCCCAGUCAGCAAGAACACCUAACAGAUUUGCCCAGUUCGUCAAAGACAAUUACGGCAAAGUAAAGAAAACUGGCAUGGCGCACAAAGAGGUCAUGAGGGAAUUAAGUAGCCAGUUUARUUUAAUGAGCACCAAAUAACAACCAAUUUCUCAUCGCUAGAAAAUGUACUUUUUUCGUUGAAAAAAGAUCGGGCAAGUUUUAGUCAGUACUUGCGUCAAGUCGAUAACUUCAUGAUCGUCACUAAUAUUUCCUGAUAAAAGAAUUUUUGAAUGGAAAAGGUUCGCCCUCUUYUGACGUUGAAACCACCCUACUUCGACACUUGAGUAUAAUCCUAUCUCCACUUCAAAUUGGGCCAUUGGCGAUCUGGUGAGCAAAGUGAAUUGUAUGAUUAGAAUUAUGGAAUAAGUUAUUAGAUAUAUGUUGUGAUAUAUGAGGAUUAAGAAGAAAAUCUUUAUUAAGAAGGAACAAAUGGAAUGCAAUGUGUAUAUUGAGGCAUUAUGGGAAGGAGGGGGUGUUUACUUAAUAUCUAAUAUUUAUUAUUCUUUAUGCAUACAGUGAUUUUUAUGAAAGCAGAAAAUGUUUUACCAAGUGGCUAAAUCAUAUUCACAUACUAAUGGCAAACCGUCGUAUUGCAUUGCACCAUCACGCGAUGGCAGCCAUGACAGGAGGCAGGAACAAUUGAAUCUUGUCGAAUCUGGUUUACAUAAGAAAGAAUUCAGUUUUGCAGGGGUAAAAUACUAUUGUUGUGCCUCCCGUCAUGGCUGCCAUUAUGUGAUGGUGCAAAGCCAUUCUACAUGUUUCCUAAUUAUACAAUAAAGACACAAUA